AUACUAGAUAGGCUUGUUUGCUUUCUGGACGGUGGUGGUGUUCGGUACUCUAACGUUACUAAUUUGAAAAAGGGGUUAAGUAGGUGGCAGUGCUCUGAAUCACCGUUUCGUUAAAAGUUUACGUAUCUGGGAAUGGUAUACUUGGAGGUGAAACUGUUCGUUUUGAGGGAGAUACAGCCUCAUGAGGAGUUCUUCUGGUCAUUGAGGAAGAAGUUCGUCGAGAACGUAAAAAACAAAAUAAAACACCUGCAGGAAGCCUUUUCAUUAACUUACACACCCCGUGCUUUGUUUUGUAAGAAAGGAUGGAUCGGAAGAUCAUCGUUUACGAAAGUUUAGUAAUAUUGAGACAAAAAUAAACCCUGUUCCCUUUUCCCACUCGAUGUACUUACCUGUUGUUUAUUUUUAAAGUAUUUCAAUAAGUGUGUAGUAGUUGAAUCUAGAGCACUGUAAUUAUUUUGAAUGCUGCAAGUAGGUUUCACUUUUCAUAUACAUCGUUGUUUGUUGGUGGAAUGAUUAUACGAUUUUUAAAUUUACAUCGGGUGUAUUUUUAAUCUUGCGGUCUGGCGUUAUGUACCUUCUUGAUCUAUAACAACUUGUUCUGCAAGGAAAAACAACAACACAUUUCAAAGGCAAUAUAUCUGCAGGUUCCCUUGGACAUAAUAGAGAAAAUGAAAAUCAGUUUUGACUCUGAUACUGGAAGAAGCCAGACAGGAAGCUGCCCUGUGGUCACUGCUAAUUGAAUCAGCCGGUUGCAAAUACAGCAGCAAAAUGGCAUUUCUGCAAUGGAUAUAUUAAACACCAGAGCACAAGACUGUGAGAAAUGCUGCCCCCGACUUACGUUCCGGGUUUCCACGACGAGGAGGCCGUGAGGGCGAUGCGGUACAAUGACCUCGGCACGACGGGCCUCAAGGUGUCCCAACUGGGGUUUGGUGGCGGCCCACUGGGGAUAUAUGGGGACUACCCCGAGGAGGAUGCGAUUGCGGCAGUGCGGGAGGCGAUCCGGCAGGGCAUCAACUACAUCGACACGGCACCCUUCUACGGCCUCGGGAGGUCUGAAGAAGUUCUCGGCAAGGCCCUGAAGGGCAUACCUCGUCAGGCGUACUACAUCGCCACCAAGGUGGGCCGCUACACUAUGGACCCGCGCACCAUGUUCGACUUCUCUGCACAGAAGACGAGGGAGAGCUUCGCGAAGAGUCUCAAACUGCUGCAGCUGGACUAUGUGGACAUCAUACAGGUGCACGAUGUGGAGUUUGUUCAGAACCCAGAUGUAAUUAUCUGGGAGACUCUUCCAGUGCUGCAGGAGUUUGUGGCAGUGGGUAAAGCGAGGUUCAUCGGCAUCACGGGGUAUCCUCUCGAGCCGCUCCGAGAGAUCAUCGAGAAGAGUGGCAGCGUGAAGGUGGACACAGUGCUGUCGUACACCAGAGACACUCUCGUAGACGACACACUACAGCGGCAUCUGCCAUUCUUCAAGGAGAAGGGCGUGGGCGUGAUCUGUGCGGCGGGCACGGCGAUGGGCCUCCUGAGCAGUACAGGACCGCAGCCGUGGCACCCUGCGCCCCAGAAGCUGCGGGAUGCGUGCCGAGCGGCAGCUGGCUACUGCAAGGAGAGGGGUGUCGAGCUGGCCCGACUGGCGAUGCACCACGCUUUGACGCGCGAGGGGCAGGCGACACACGUCGUCGGAAUCAACAGCACACAAAUCCUGCGCUCCAACCUGCAGAUCCUGCGUGACGGGCUGACUUCUACAGAACAAGAGGUGCUGCGUGACGUCCAAAAGAAGUUCUUCGCUCAGCUGCCAGUGCGCCACUGGGAAGGCCUGGAGCUGACAAUGCUGAGGGAAGAGUGGCGGAAGCUGGGGAUGCUAUGAGUUGCGAGGCCUCGCAUAGUGAAAUGCAGGGCAUUGAAAGCUGUUCGUGUUGCCUCUCUGCUGUCAAAACUAUCCCUUCAAAAAUUCACCGUCUGCUCCUCUGCCAGUGGCUGGUGCCUCUGUAGCUCGAACAUACUGCAGUCAGCGUCCUAAACGGGCCGAGCUCGACCAUCCGUGCGGCUUUUGGUCACACUUGAGUUGAUUUUUUUGAAAGUUGCUGUUUGGAAUGUGUAUCCUAUAUUUGUAUAAAUGUGUACUCGCACUGAUUGUCAACAGUAUGAAAGGGGAUCUCACUGUCAAAGACGGGUCUUUUCACACUAGGCAGAACAUCAAUACGAAGAUACUUUGUUACUUCUCCUUCAUGCUCUUCACAUCACAUUAAUUUUCUUAAGUGAUAGUGUUUCCUCCAUUUCUCUUCAAUUACGCACAUUGUAUGAACUAUGUACUACAAGAAAAUUUCUACUUUUUUCAUAAAAUGUGUGCUGCUCUGCUUUGGUUGCAUUUUUUGUAAUUCA